AAACAACGCAAAAUGACGAAAUAUGAGUGCUACUUCGACAGUGCAUUGCACAUCAUUAAGGGCGCAGCCUGUAUUGCCUUCUCCAUACCUACAGGCAGAACUACAAAAUCCAUAGUUCGCAAGAGUACAACAGCGGGUGUCAUCACCCUCACCAGCGUCCUUAAUCAGCCGACAGACUCACAAUACACCCUAUUCAAGCAAUUGAUUGCCCAGAAGAUUGAUGAGAAUAGCAAGUUUAGAGCAUUCCUGGUGGAUCGUCAAAUUGCCGAAAGUGUCUAUGGAGAGUCUAUCUACGAUGCUCGGGUAGUACCAAUAGACGUCCAGAGGUUGCGCCUGGUAGCAUUGGAGGAGUGGAAUAUCAACGCCAGUACGAGGGCAGUAGUACGUACCACAGGGCAAGUUGGACAUAUAGAUAUCGAGAAACUAACUUACAAGCAUGAUAGCCAAACGCUGCUAAUCAGUUUCGUGAUACAACCGGAAACAGAUAUCCCGGAUAUCCUGACGGAUACAGAGAAUAUAAGCUCACCGGAUCAAUGCCCACCCAAAUUCAUGGUACUGCCCCCUGGAGAAGUGGACCUCCAAAACGACUGUUUCGUUGAGCUGUUUGGAAUGGAGCGCAGCGCCAAUGCAACCAGCGCAACGAAUGAAAUUGAUUACGAUAAACUGAUACGAGAAUUCGGGUGCCAAAGGAUAACACAGGAGCAAAUUGAAAGAAUGGAAAGGUUAAUUAAACAACCGGUACAUCCAUAUCUGAAACGAGGGUUGUUUUUCUCACACCGGGGACUUGACCAGCUACUAGAUGCAUACGAACAGGGUGUGCCGUUUUUUAUAUAUACAGGAAGAGGGCCGUCCACCGGGGCGCUCCACCUGGGUCAUCUAGUACCAUUCCUGUUCACCAAGUGGUUACAGGAGGUGUUCCAAGUUCCAGUGGUCAUCAUGAUGUCAGAUGAUGAAAAGUUCCUAUUUAGAGAACAGUUGGAAUACGAUGCUGUACGCGAUAUGGCAAGAGAAAAUGCCAAGGAUAUAAUAUCGUGUGGAUUUGAUCCUGAUCUCACAUUUAUAUAUAGAAAUACUGACUAUAUCCAGGAUCUAUAUGGUAUUGCACUCAAAAUGCAAAAGAAAACUACGUUCAAUCAGGUCAAAGGGAUAUUCGGUUUUAACAUGUCAUCCAAUAUCGGUUGUAUAGCGUAUCCAGCUAUAGAGGGAGCGGCAGCAUUCUGCCAGGCGUACCCCAAGAUAUUCGGACAGAGGAAUGAUAUGCUGUGUCUAGUGCCGCAGGGUAUUGAUCAAGACCCGUUCUUCAGAAUGACACGUGACCUCGCACCAAGGUUGGGGUACCUAAAACCAAUAUCGAUACACUCCAAGUUCAUACCGUCGCUACUGGGAGUAACACAAAAAAUGAGCUCAAGCAUCGAAGGAUCAGCAAUAUUCGUCACCGACACACCCAAAAUGAUAAGAGAUAAGGUACACAAGUACGCAUUCAGCGGUGGACGUGACACGGCUGAAGAGCACCGUAAGCUAGGAGCUAACCUGGAAGUAGACGUUUCAUACCAUUACCUACGGUUCCUCAUGGAAGAUGAAGCAAAGUUAGAAGAUAUUGGGGCCAGAUACAAAGCAGGAGAGAUUAUGUCAUCAACGGUUAAGGAUAUGCUAGUAGACGUAGUGUGCGGUAUUAUUAACGACUACAAGACGCGACGUGAAAAAGUAACAGAUGAUGUCCUGGAUACAUUCAUGGACCCAAAUAGAGAGUGCUUUAAACGCUUUAGAAAGAACUAAACUAUAGCACUUUCCAGGGACAU